AUGAUGGAAUAUGAAGAAGGUGGGGCCCUUGCUGUUUUCAGCUCACCCGAGUGUUCUCAGUGGGGUUUUUCUCCUAAAUCUUUUGAAAACUCCACACAGAAUUGCGAUUAUGCAACACAUCAAGGGCGUAGGGAGUAUCAAGAAGACCGUGUUACGUGCAAUCUUGACAUGAAACUACCUUUCUCAGCUGAAGGUUCACCUGGGGAGAUUACUGUUGGUAUUGCAGCCAUAUUUGAUGGCCAUGGAGGCCAGGAAGCCAGUGAGAUGGCGUCGAAAAAACUUGCUGAUUACUUUUUCUUGCAUGUUGUGUUCACCGCACACAAUUGGACACUCUCAAGCAAUAACGAGAGUUCUCGGAGGUCACCAGUGAUUGGUCAUCACUCACUUUGUUCGAUUCUAGAGAAAUCUUUAUUAAGAACUAUUAAAGACAUUGAUUUGGAAUUUUCAAAGGAAGCGCUGGACAAACGAUACAUUUCAGGGUCAACUGCCACCAUUGUUCUUUUGGUCAACGGCAAAUUUCUGGUUGCUAAUAUUGGCGACUCGAAAGCCCUUUUGUGCUCUCGGAAAAAUCCCUCAACCCAUGAUACUGAAGGUUCUUCACCGGGGGAAAUUUAUACUGAGGAACUAACAAGAGAUCAUCAUCCAGAUAGGGAAGAUGAAAAGGCGCGGAUCGAAGCAUUUGGCGGCUUUGUCACUAAAUCGAGCAUUCCACGUGUCAACGGCGUAUUGGCCGUCUCCAGAGCUAUCGGUGAUGUGUACUUAAAACGAUAUGGCGUCACAGCUGAACCUGAGCUCACUGGAUGGAGACCUUUUACCCCUGAGAACAGCUUUUUGAUAGUGACAUCAGACGGUGUAUUUGAGACAUUGGCUCCAGAGAAUGUGUGUGAGAUUGUACACGCGAUUUUCGAGUCCUCGUCCGAAGAUAUCACUAAAUCCUCACUUGCCGAGCACAUAAUUCGCAGUGCAUUUAGGUCGGGCAGCACGGAUAACCUGUCGGCUAUAGUGAUUUCUGAUAUGUUACAUACUUGCAAAGAGAAAAGAUGCAAUUAG